GACUUGUGCUCCGUUCGUACGUGCAUUGUGGGUGGUGCGGUUGUGUUGCUUGAUUUUCUAAUACAUUUUCAAAGCACAAAAUCAAAAACAGUGUCUUUCUAUCUGCCUGAAGUGUAGUAGUGCCGCUUAAAUUUAUCAAAAUGAUGUCCGAAUAUUGGAUUAUCUCGGCGCCUGGCGACAAGACGUGCCAACAAACCUUCGACACGAUGAACAACCUCACCAGCAAGCAACAUAGUCUAUGCAGUAACUACAAGUUCCAUAUACCCGAUCUGAAGGUGGGCACCUUGGAUCAGUUGGUUGGGCUGUCCGAUGAUCUGGGCAAACUGGACACGUAUGUGGAGCAGAUAACGCGCAAGGUGGCCAUGUAUUUGGGGGAGGUGCUAGAAGAUCAGCGCGACAAGUUGCACGAGAAUCUGCAGGCCAACAACAGUCCUGGCCCGCCUGAUGAAAUCAUACCGUGUCGACAUCACAAUCGCCUGAAGCAUCUGAGCCUGCGCCACCAGCGUAAACACCAGCACACGCACCACCAAAACAAUCCUUUACACUAUCAGACCCAACAUCACCAUCAGCUGCCCGCGGAUCUCAAGGGUAAAUGCUACAACUCAACAAAACCAACAGCAACCACAUUAACUACCAGUUGCAACACCUCCUACAAUACGCAUGCAGCCUCCGCCUCAGCCUCCGCAUCCGCCUGUGCCUAUGCCUCAAUCUAUGCCACGCCAGCUCGAGCCAGUUGCAAUGUUUGCCAUUUGAGCGGCGGCAGUUUAACAAAUUUAUCCUCAACGCACGAUGAGUCUGAGCGUGAUUUUGAUUUUGUGAUACCGCCGGCGAUCUGUGGCUGCGACGAAUGCUAUGCGCUGAGCAGCAGUUGCAGUGUCCUGUCGCCGCCCAGCGCCAGUGCAACAACCAGCACACUAAUGGCCGAUGAAUGCUAUUCCCAGACAGCUUCCUCCAUGCUGAAUGCGACGCGUUGUGCCAUCAAUACGGUGACAGCCAUUGCCACUGGCAGCAGCAUGGGCACAGCUGCAACAGCUGCAACUGCAAAUGCAGCAGGCGCACCAGCAACAACACCAACCACAUCUGCAACAACAGCAGCAGUAGCAGGCAUAAAAACAGAUGGAGCAUCUUCAUCGACUCUUUGCUCGUCGGCUUAUUUCUCAACGUCGGCGCCAACAGCAAGCACGGCUAGCUCCUCGCACAGCAUGUCGCGCUCUAAUAGCAAAAAGCUGAAUAACAACACAUGCAGCAUAAACAAUAACAAGCUGAGCUUUCGUAGCAGCAGCAGUCACAUCAGUCAAUUGCCACAGCAGCAGCAGCCCCAACAACAGUCACCCAAGCAGCAUCUGCAACAGUUGCAGCUGCAGCAACAGCAGCAGCAGCAACAAUCGCCGCCGCUGCUGUCGCCCACAGACAAAUCCUAUUGCGAUACGGAUGAGGAUGUGGAGCUGGACGAUCCAAAGAGUCCGCAAAGCGCCUCCUCAUUAUCCGAAACAUUCGACUGGUGGUUCAAUAAGCCGAAGCGUAACUCUAAGAAGUGCAGCGCAAAAUUACAACCACAAACACAGAUACAGAUACAAUCACAAACACAGACACAAACCAAAACACUUACAAAUCCAAAACCAAUGACAUUUUGGCAUCAGACAUCGCCCACACCGCGCUCUAGUUAUCGCUCUUUCUUCAAUUCUCUUGCCGAUCAAAUUUAUAGCAAACGUUCUACACCGAGUCAAUUAAAUAUAAACAAUGGAUUUAAUUUAACACCAACUCAUAGAUCGUCUCCAGUGAGUAGUUGUUGUGGCAGUAGUAGCCAGGGGCGUUCCAGUCCAGACACGGAUCUUGCCGAGCCGCCCGAAUUUCCGCUGAGUCCAGCCGAUCUGCCUCAGUAUUUGACCCGUUUCCAAUGGGAUAUGGCCAAGUAUCCGAUCAAGCAAUCGCUGCGCAAUAUUGCCGAUAUCAUUUCCAAACAAAUCGGUCAAAUUGAUGGCGAUUUGAAGACGAAAUCGCAGGCCUACAACAACCUGAAGGGCAACCUCCAAAAUUUGGAGAAGAAGAAAACUGGCAGCCUGCUGACACGCAACCUCGCGGAUUUGGUCAAGAAAGAGCACUUCAUACUCGACUCGGAGUACUUGACCACGGUGCUGGUCAUUGUGCCAAAAGCCAGUGCCAACGAUUGGUUAGCCAAUUAUGAGAAAAUCACCGAUAUGAUUGUGCCACGUUCAUCGCAGCUCAUCAAGGAGGAUCCCGACUAUUGCCUCUUCAAUGUGACCCUCUUCAAGAAGGUCACCGAGGAGUUCAAGCUGCAUGCUCGCGAGCGCAAGUUCAUUGUGCGCGACUUUGUCUACAACGAGGAGGAGCUGGCGGCGGGCAAGAACGAGAUGACCAAACUGAUGACCGACAAGAAGAAGCAGUUUGGUCCACUGGUGCGCUGGCUGAAGGUGAACUUCAGCGAGGCUUUCUGCGCCUUGAUACACGUGAAAGCGUUGCGCGUGUUUGUGGAAUCCGUGCUGAGAUACGGUCUGCCCGUUAACUUCCAGGCCAUAUUGAUCGAGCCCAACAAGAAGAGCGUGAAGCGUUUGCGCGAUGUGCUCAACCAGUUGUAUGGCCAUUUGGAUGGUGCAUCCGCUGGCGGACAUGUCAGCAGUGCUGCCGAUAAUGUGGACAUACCCGGUUUGGGCUUUGGUCAAUCGGAAUACUUUCCCUAUGUGUUCUACAAGGUGAACAUCGAUAUGGUUGAGCAAACAAAGCUUUAAGGGGCUUAUCUCAUGCCUCUGCAUCGCACACACACACACACACCACCACACACACCCACAAACAAAAUUAAAUAUAAAUAAUCCAAAAAACAAAAAAAAAAGCAACCAAUUCAAUAUGCAAAUUGUAUUCGGCACAGCACUCAAAAUGGGGCGCUGGCCAAACUGAAAAUUAAGCAAAAAAACAAAAAGCAAAAACCCAACAACAAGUCUAUCCUGCUCAUAACUUGUAAAGCAUAUAGUUAGAAUCAAAUACAACAACAAAAACAAAAAUAAGCAACAGUUGCCACGCAAAUAAUAACACGCAAACAAUUAAUAGUUUACUAUAAAUAAUUUUAGUCAUUGUUAUAUAAUUAUUGUUGUUAUUUAUGUUACGCGUUCACAGAAUUCCGUUUCCAAGUUCAACUUACUUUCGACAAAAAUGUUAAGAAACCCCCUCCUCCUCCAGCGCGUAAGAGAAGCAAAACAAAAUUUCACAAAAAAAAAAAAAAAAAAAAAAAAUACAAAAAGAAAAACCAAUUUCAACUUAUGCGAAAUAUAUAUAAAACUGGAUAACAUUUUUUUUUAUUUUUAUUUACAAUUUUUUGUUCUGCUUCAGUUUUAAACAGUAUUUUGUUGUUCUCUAUUUUUGUUCACUCCUGUUUGUUUAGAAACAAUAAUUGUGCGUUGUUCAUUACGAUAAAUACAUAUUUAGUAGAAUGAAUGAUAUAGAAAAGUUUUAACACGUAGCUAAAAUUGAUAUAUACAUUGUCACUAAAUUAGCCGAAACUUUAAUUUGAUUUUUUAUUAAUACAAUAAAUAAUUGAUAAUGUGUUAAAUACUGUCUUGUUUUAUGUGCCUGUGCUUUUAUUUCUCCGGUAACUGUGACUAACAAACUAAACCAACUGUUAAGCAAACUUAAACAAAAACUAAACCUAAACCUUAAGUGUCGCAAAUAGUUUGAUGCACAACAUAAAAAGGCCCACUAAUAACACCGAUGCAAUGAAAAAUUCCUUUGGAAAUACAAAAACCCAAAACGAAAGUAUUCUAUUUAUAAAUGUUGCCCAAAUAUCGAGAGUUUAUUAACGUGCAUGUUUCGCAUAAGGAAAAUAAUGCAAACGCUAUGAUAAUGCUGAGAAAUGUUUUAAACUAUUAUAUUAAAGUAAUCAGAAAGAUAAAGGUCUACUUCGAAAUGCGGCUGAUCCAAGUUGAAGAAGCCACAAUAUAAAUAAAUAUAUACACACAUACAUUAUCUAUACAUAUUUGUACCCAACUUGUUCGACAUUUUUUCGUUGAAUUUAAAGGAGAACUUAAUGCACUAAUCUAAUGAGAAAAGAACAAUAAUAUUUUUAUGUAAAGUUUAAUGUAUUUUCAAUAUUUGCUACAGCUACAACAAAUCUAAAUGUUUAACGAAGUAAGAAAAGCAAAAAGAAGAGAAAAACCCCAAAAUUAUUAUAAAAAUGAGACAAAUGCAGUAUCUUAUAAACAUAUAUAUUUUAAAUUUAUGCAUUAUACAAAUAUGUAAAUGUCAAUGCGUUAUAUAAGGUGCCGUUAAGCCAUCCUUGUAAAUAAUUAUAAAGAAAGAAAGACAUUCCAA